GCCCAGGUUCCCUGUUCUCCUGCCAUCUUACGAUGGCCGCUCGCUCACGACUGGCGUCGAGUUCGAGAUUGCACAUAUUCUCUAUUCUGAUGUUUUGAUUGGGAUGAAUCUUAAUUGCUGUGUAACAAAUUAAACACGUGUUGGGCGAGAAGAGGAGAAUUCCGUUUACAAUCUCUAUUAUCGCUCUAUGUCUAGUUUUCAAGACUCUUCAUGUAUAUUUAGUGUGACGUCAACUAUAUUGAACCUGCUGAUAGUGGUCUCUCGGCGGAGGAGUUUUAUCGUCUUGUGCUCAUUGUGUAUUGUCCUUGACGUCUUUUUUGCGUUGUAUCAUUCUGGGGUUUGUCUCAGCCCUUUCUCAUCCAAUAUUGCGCUGCUUAAACAGGCAUGUGUUUUGCAUGGCUUAGAAUUUAAACACCUUAUCCAGUGGUCGAGCUAUGAAAUUUCUUGUUGCAACAUUUACUUCAUGGCGAGUGGUCUAUGGACCCAGAAGACGUUGGCGGCUACGUAAGUCAAAUACUCUGUUCUAAUUUCUCUUUUCUUCUUCUUUUUUCCUCGCUGUCAACCACGAUGACAGCCUUCUUUUCACCGUCGGCCGUACGC